AUGAACAAUGAUAACGGCAUGAGCAUGGACGAUUGUUGGGAUGCCAAAGAAAAGGGAACCGAGGACGUCAAAUCAAGUGAAACAGGUUCUGAAACCGAUGCAGCCGAGCCCAUACGAGGAGCCACAGCUGUAUCAGGGGCCAUAGCUGAGGCUGUUCAAGAAGCCGGUGUUAUCGGAGCUGGAGCCAUCGGGGCCAUAAUCGUGGCCCCAGCCAACCGAGAAGGAAAGGCCCGUGACCAGGGAGAUUGGCACAAACAAGCAGACAAGGCCAACAACCCACCGGGCAAAAUGGAAGAUCAACCGGGCAAGAAGACUAACAACUCAUCGAACCAGAUCAACGACCAACCAGGCAAGGACACCAGCAACCCACAGAGCAAGGUAGACGACCAAUCGGGCAAGGACACUAGCAACUCGCCAAGCAAAGUGAACGAUCAACCAGGCAAGGACACUAGCAACCCACAGAGCACGGUCGAUGACCAACCGGGCAAGGACACGAGCAACUUGCUAAGCAAAGUCAACGAUCAACCAGGCAAGGACACUAGCAACCAACCGAGUAAGAUCAACGAUCAACCAGAUAAGGACACUAGCAACCCACAGAGCACGGUCGAUGACCAACCGGGCAAGGACACGAGCAACUUGCCAAGCAAAGUCAACGACCAGCCAGGCAAGGACACUAGCAAACCACAGAGCAAGGUUAAUGAUCAACCAAGUAAGGACACCAGAAACUCGCCAAGCAAAGUCAACGAUCAACCAGACAAGAAGACUAGCGACGAACCGGGAGAGGUAAAACCUGAGAAAUCCUGGUUUUCUCGUUAUACUGAGAAGCUGAGCCUAUACCCCCUUGUUUAG